AUGAAGAUUUUCGACGAAGGGCCAAUGUCGGUGGUAAUUUUCUAUAUCUUUUCUAUCAUUUGCACGGCUUCUGCAAAAUAUGGUAAUACAAUUCGUUUCAUAAGAAGUUACGUCGAAAAUGAAGGGAAACCGACGUUUUUGGUUUGUAAUUUAUGUUGGGAAACGAAUGGAGAAGUAGCUUUGGCUAACGUCCUGUCCCAGCUGGGAGUGAGGAUGUCGAAGCCCAUGACAACGUCAAAAUAUUUAGAUCAUGAACUGUUUUUUUUAAUGGACCUGGAUUGCCCUGGUGCUUUUGAAGUUCUUUCGAAUGCUUCUACAAACGGUCUCCUCCGAUCUCCAUACCGCUGGUUGGUGCUCUCAUCAGAAAUGGAACAUUCACUUGAGGAAUUGGACUUAUUGGCUGACAGCGAUUUCGUGCUUGCUCAAGCUACGGAAACUGGAUUUUCUUUGAACGAACUGCACAAACCAUCAUUCACCGGUCCCAUACAAGUGACACAACGAGGAUACUUCAACGGAACUUUCUUUGACAUCAGACCUCAUAGGUCACUGUUCAGAAGAAGGAAAGACGUCAUGGGUCAUACCCUGACUAUGUCAAAUGUCAUACAGGACAACAACAGAACGCAAUACCAUUUGCCUAAGGAAAAUCGUCUGGAACCAGAACACGAUUCCAUAGCAAAGAUCAGCUGGAGUAACGUUCGACUCGCAUUUGAAGUGCUGAACGCAACCCCAAGAUACAUCUUCAGCCAUCGUUGGGGGUACAAGCAGAACGGGGUCUGGUCGGGCAUGAUAGACGAUCUUUAUAGCAAUCGAGCUGAUGUCGGAACAAACUGCCUAGUUCUGCAAGAACGUUUAUCGGUGGUGGUUUACACUGACGUCUUAGCACCAUUCCACGUCCGCUUCAUAUUCCGCCAACCUCCUCUCUCCUACGUGUCUAACAUAUUCUCCCUUCCUUUCUCGACCGGGGUAUGGGUUGCGAUGGCGAUUUGCACUGCCCUGUCAGCAGUCAGUCUUUACUUGGCCAGUCGAUGGGAGGUCACGCUUGGGAAGAGCCCAUCCCAACUAGACGGUAGCAUUGGAGACGCACUUUUGUUGACCAUGAGCGCAGUAGGCCAACAAGGAUGUGUAAUGGAACCUAGAAAAGCUUCAGGGCGGAUAAUGGUACUGGUGUUAUUUACCGCAUUAAUGGCUUUGUACGCUGCGUAUUCGGCCAAUAUUGUAGUCCUGCUUCAGGCACCUUCCGACUCCAUUCGUACUUUGGCACAGCUGGCUCAUUCCAAGCUUACAGUUGCUGCCUAUGAUGUUGACUACAAUUAUUUCGUGUUCAAAAUGUAUAAAGAUCCGGUAAGAUUGGAAAUAUCAAACAAAAUUAUACCGGAAAAAGGCAAGAAACAAUUUUACAGCUUCAACGACGGCGUUGAGAGAAUUAGACAGGGUUUGUUCGCUUUUCAUUCCAUUGCGGAGCCAGUUUAUCGACGUAUCGCAGAAACUUUCUAUGAAAUGGAAAAAUGUGAUUUGAUGGAAAUCGACUUCAUGAAUGACUUUGAUCCUUUCACCCCUGUUAAAAAGGACUCUCCUUAUUUGGAGCUCUUGAGGGUAGCAUUCAAGCAAAUUCGUGAGGUUGGAAUACGAUCGUCCCUAAACCGCCGAAUGCAGAUCCCUAAACCGCGAUGUGCAGAUAAGAUGACAGCGUUUAGCAGCGUCGGCCUUCUAGACCUAAGACCUGUUCUCAUUCUGAUGUUGUAUGGCAUCCUAAUCUCCGUUGUAAUUCUUGUAGCCGAGAUCAGCAUAUUUAGACUGUAA